CUGCACUACGGGACCCUCCUGGGCAGCAGAGCUUGUGUCCACAUGGCAGCAGCUGCCUGGGGCAGUGGGUUUCUCUAUGCUCUCCUGCACACGGCCAAUACAUUUUCCCUGCCCCUCUGCCAGGGCAAUGCCCUGGACCAGUUCUUCUGUGAAAUCCCCCAGAUCCUCAAGCUCUCCUGCUCACACUCAGACUCCCUCAGGGAAGUUGGGCUUCUAGUUGUUAGUGCCUUGAUUGCUUUUGUUUGCUUUGUUUUCAUCGUGCUGUCCUAUGUGCAGAUCUUCAGGGCCGUGCUGAGGAUCCCCUCUGAGCAGGGACGGCACAAAGCCUUUUCCACGUGCCUCCCUCACCUGGCCGUGGUCUCCCUGUUUCUCAGCACUGGCAUCUUUACCUACCUGAAGCCCCCCUCCAUCUCCUCCCCCAUUCUAGACCUAGUGCUGGCAGUGCUGUACUCCGUGGUGCCUCCAGACACCCCAGGGAAGCUGCCACAGGGCAAUGGUCGCAUACCCGGCUAG